GGCCCCCAACGCCGCCAUGACGAGCCUCUUCCGCCGCAGCAGCAGCAACGGCAGCGCCCGCGGCAGCGGCUCCUCCGCGCAGGAGCUCAACAACAGCCGGCCCGCCAGGCAGGUCCGGCGCCUGGAGUUCAACCAGGCCAUGGAGGACUUCAAGACCAUGUUCCCCAGCAUGGACUACGACAUCAUCGAGUGCGUCCUGAGAGCCAACAAUGGCGCCGUGGAUGCCACCAUCGACCAGCUCCUGCAGAUGAACCUGGACAGCAGCGGCUGCGAUGACAGCUCGGACUCGGAGGACAGCAUCCCCCCCGAGAUCUUGGAGCGGACCCUGGAGCCGGACAGCUCAGACGAGGAGCCCCCUCCUGUCUACUCCCCCCCUGCCUACGAGAGCCAGGCGCUGGGCAGCCGCUUCCCCUGCGCACCUCCCACCCCACCACCCAGGACGGACGUGCCAGGGCCCGGCAGCACCCCCGUGUCUGGGCACUACAGGAACUGGAACCCCCCGCUCCUGGGCAAACUCCCUGAGGAUUUCCUCCGCAUCCUGCCCCAGCAGGCUGCUGGCACCCAGGGCUCCCCCGGCCGCCGGCAGCCCCUGCCCCGGGGGCUGGCCCCAGCGCGGGGCCAGGGCUCGCUGGAGCAGGAGCGGCGCUGGAAGCAGUACCUGGAGGACGAGCGGAUCGCGCUCUUCCUGCAGAACGAAGAGUUCAUGAGGGAGCUCCAGAGGAACCGGGAUUUCCUCCUCGCCUUGGAGAGAGAUCGAUUGAAAUAUGAGUCAAAAAAGUCCAAGUCAUCCAGUGCUGCUGUCAGCAACGACUUCGGCUGCUCCUCCCUGUUACCAGGUGACGCAGCCCCCUCUGCGCCCAGCGAGGCCGGCGGUGCUGUGUCUGACGAUGCCUUAUUCAGAGACAAGCUGAAACACAUGGGAAAAUCCACGCGCAAGAAGCUCUUUGAACUGGCCAGAGCCUUCUCCGAGAAGACAAAGAUGAGGAAGUCGAAGAGAAAACACUUGUUGAAGCACCAGGUGAUGGGGACAGCGGCUUCCACAGCAAAUCUUCUCGAUGAUGUCGAGGGACAUUCAUGCGAUGAAGACUUCCAAGUGCGGAGGCAGCCGCUCCGGGAGGAGGAGGAGACGCUGAAGGAAGGGCAGUAAAUGGACCCAGCGCUGGGGUUUAGUGCUGGCACGGGACGUGCCCAAAGCUUCAUGAGAAGAUGGCUGGAAAAGGAACAAAAGACACCCAACAAAUCCCGCAGAGUUUUGGCUGCUCCCCCUCUGCUGCUGUUCUCCUCGGAAGUACAAAGCGCUGAGGCUCAGUUUUCUUCCCCAGGGCUUGAAAACAACUUCUAUGUAGCAAAUCAGCCAAAAAGGAAUCAAAAUGAGGGUCAAAGCAGGUCGGGAGCUGCUGUGAGGAGCCAGCGGAGCUCGGGCUUGGGAGGAGCAGCGCGAGCGGCGGCGCAGGAGGAAUGGGAUCAGUUGUACUAAGGAGGACGCGUUCCAUGUGGGAUCUGCUUGGCCGGAGCGCUCCUGACCAUAUCUCUGUAGUGAUCUGGUGUGACUUUACUCUGCACACAGGAAGAAACCAACCCAGAACACGUGAGAGGGAGAACCUACAGCCGUUGUCUAUUCUUGCUAGGAGUCAUGAGCGGAGAUGCGGACCAGGUGGUAGUCAGAUGAUAUAUAAAUUGCUUCUAAAAGGAAAGGCCUUCUUUUCCUAGGUGUUUUACUUGGAAUUAAACCUUUGCCUUCGGCAUUGCUAAAACUG